GAAACAGACAGGCUGGGCAAGCCGACUACAGCGAGUGUCCGUGGGAUAUAUGCUGCUCACCCUUCUGCAACACCUAUUAUUUCUCCCCCGCAACGAUUCGGUCUUAAAGAUACGUCAAAGUGAGACUCUAUGACAGCGCUGCUCGCUCUCUAUGGUUUAUAGAGCCACAGAUACAACUUUACCCUCCUGGAUACACGAGAACGUACGAGAUAAAAGCAUUUGGUAGAAAUUUAUUCAUCUGUCGGUGGAUAUUCGGUUGUUGAGGAUGAUUUUUGCAAAUUCUGGCCACACAGUGAGGACGUUGCAUAACCGUAAACAGCCUCCUGUUGGCCCCGCCUCCCACCCGAUGGCUCCGCCCAGUCCUGGAACCAACAGCAGCACCAAUCACAGCAGCAGCAGCAGCACAGCCGGCUGGGAGCAGCUCAGUAAAACGAACCUCUACAUCCGUGGUUUACCACCAACCACCACCGACCAUGACCUGGUCAAGCUCUGCCAGCCAUAUGGAAAAAUCGUAUCAACCAAGGCCAUCUUAGACAAAGCCACAAACAGAUGCAAAGGCUAUGGCUUUGUGGACUUUGACAGCCCUGCUGCUGCUCAGAAAGCCGUCAGCGCUCUGAAGACCAGCGGAGUUCAGGCUCAGAUGGCAAAGCAACAAGAGCAGGACCCCACUAACCUGUACAUAUCUAACCUACCGCUGACCAUGGAUGAACAGGAGUUAGAGGCCAUGCUGAAGCCCUUCGGACAGGUCGUCUCCACACGCGUCCUGCGGGACACCAACGGGGCCAGCCGAGGGGUCGGAUUUGCGAGGAUGGAGUCGACGGAGAAAUGUGAAGCUGUCAUCUCUCACUUCAACGGGAAAUUUCUCAAAACUCCAGCUGGAGUUAUGGCCCCAUCAGAACCCUUGCUGUGCAAGUUUGCGGACGGAGGCCAGAAGAAGCGUCAGAGUCUAAAUAAAUAUGUGCAGAACGGACGAGCCUGGGCCAGAGACGGAGAGACCAGACUUACUGGCAUGACACUCACAUACGACCCCACCACAGCUGCUAUGCAAAAUGGAUUCUAUCCGACCGCCUACAGUAUUACAAACAGAAUGAUCACACAGACCCCCAUUUCUCCAUACAUCUCCCCUGUGUCCACAUACCAGGUACAGAAUCCAUCCUGGGUCACCCAUCAGCCCUACAUCUUGCAGCAUCCGGGAGCAGUGAUAUCGCCCUCUAUAGAUCACUCCAUGUCUCUGCAGCCCGCGUCCAUGUUGGGUCCUCUCACUCAGCAGAUGAAUCACCUCUCUCUGGGCAGCGCAGGAACGUUUAUGCCAGCCAAUCCAGCUCUCCAGGGGCCGUAUAUCCCUCCAUACACUCACAUGCAGACCACCGCCGUCUCAGUAGAGGAGAACAGUCCACAACCUCCGGUGGAAUCGUCCAGUGAUCAUUCACCUUAUACCUAUCAGCAGGCCAAGUGAUGAAGAGGGUUGUCGGGGUUCGAGAGAGAAGGAGACGACUGCUAAAUCAAUAACAGCUUCCUUUGAAGGACCGGCGCUACCGAUGAAUCGACAUUUUGCACAGGUUCUACGUUGAGAUCCUCGGUUUUAUAAUAAAACUACUUCAACUAUUUUGGUAUAAGUUCCAUUAGGUGCAAAUCAAGGAUUCAUUUCAUCAGAGGAUGCUGACAAAGAAAACACAAAUGAAAUGGGAAGAAAAAGUUUUAUUUUACUAAAGAAACAACGCUUAUUUUUUACCAAGGAUCGUCACAUAGAUGCAGGAACUUCAUCAUGGAGAUUCUUCUUAUUUUUAUGAUUUCGGAUUUGUUUUCUCUCUCUCUCUCUUUUCUUUUGUACUGAAACAGAUGUUCGUUUUUAGAGAUUUAUCAGCCGGACAUCCUGAGAAAGAUUGCGUUUGUGCUUGCGGUGUGAGUGUCGUUGAUGUGUUUUUGUCGUGUGCUUCAUCUUCGGUCUGACCGAUCUGUCCGUCUUAUACGAUUUGCCUUAAACUCUUUCCCGUACAGUAGCCGAAGAAAAGAGGUCCGGCUUCUGCCUUGUAAAUCAGCUGAAUAGGGCUUUUUUAGCAUCUCGCAAAGGAACAUUUCCGCCACGCUUGGAUUUCGGUGUUUUGCUUUUUCCGACCUUUUAGAGUACAAACCGUUUCGAGUGAUAACGUUGAUGGAGUUUUAAUAGGAUUUAAUGUUUUUAUAAGCAGAGGUGACGACGAGCCUUUGGUUGUUUGAAUGUGGUAGAAAUUCUGCUGAACGAUCACAUUUUUGAUAAUUGCCUUUUCGUUUAUAAAUCUCGGUGUUGUAGUUUAGCUUUAGAUGAACUCGUGGGAGGGGGAGGAGCUUUGACUCGUAUUCUAAUGAGGGGGCGGGAGGGAGGCGUGGCCUGUCAGUCAACUUUCAGCAGCGGGCUUCUUCGGGAGAGGUGAACGUGUAG